UCUUGCCUGCUUGCCAAACAACAACGAAAUCCCUCUGAAAUUGCUUAUCAGCUUACCCUGCCCCUCCCCCUACUUACUUCCCAUUAACUCCAUUUUCAAUUUUAUAUAGCUUUCCAAAUUCCAACACUCUAUCUCACAUCAUUCUCUUAUUAUUCAAUUCAAUUUUUAUUUUUUUUUAAAAAGAAAAAGAGAGAAAGGAAAAGCUCCAAAAAAAAGUAGAGAAAUAUCAGUCACAGAAAAGACUCAUAGUACAGAAACUAGUUACUCGUGUCGUCGUGGUAUUUUUCUCAAAUCCCUCCGCAAUUUCUCUGUCUCCUUCUCUCUUUCCAUGUGAAGAAAUCACCGAAACAGAAAUCUGAAAAAUACAGAGACUCGAUAAUGAAGGCAAAUAGUGCUAAGCUUAUAGUUUUUCACCCUUCUCUUCACAAACAAGGAUCCGGAACAGUAAUUACUGCUUCUCCUCGCAUUUGGUUUCUCGUUUUCCUUUCCUUUUUCACUUUCGCUUUUGCACUUUCUUUCUUCACCGCUAAGGAAACAUUACCCAGUUCCAAAACCAGCUCCGUCACAUCCGCCGUUAACUCUCCGUUACCGGCAACCGUAUUCGACGCGCUCAUUCACUAUGCUUCAGUAAACUCUUCCACAGUCUCUUCUCGCAUGUCGGCGGUGGAGCUGAACACAAUCGCUGCCGUCCUACGCGGCUGCAAAAAACCUUGUAAUUUCCUUGUUUUUGGGCUCACACACGAAACUCUUCUCUGGCAUUCCCUCAACCACAACGGGCGCACAGUUUUUGUCGAUGAAAGUGCUUAUUUGGUCUCUAAAUUAGAAGAAAAACACCCAGGGAUCGAAGCUUACGAUGUUCAGUUCACGACAAAAGUAAGUGAAUUGCACGAUUUGUUGGAUUAUACAAAAGAGCAGCUCAAAGGUGAGUGUAGGCCCGUACAGAAUCUUUUAUUUUCUGAUUGCAAAUUGGGCAUAAAUGAUUUGCCAAAUCACAUAUACGAUGUGGCGUGGGACGUGAUUUUAAUAGAUGGGCCACGUGGGUUUUCCUCGUCGGCGCCGGGAAGGAUGACGGCGAUAUUCACCGCCGGUGUAUUUGCUCGGAGCAAAAAAGGUAGUGCAACAAAAACGCACGUGUUUGUUCACGAAAUUGAUAGAGAAGUUGAGAGAAUUUGCAGUGAAGAGUUUUUAUGCGGUGAGAAUUUGGUAGAAACGAAGGAAUUGUUGGGCCAUUUUGUUGUGGACAAAAUGGAGGCUAAUAGGUUUGAAUUUUGUUCAAAUUUUGAUCCUUCUUCAUCUCCUUCAAAAUCAUCAUAAUCUUCUUCUUCAGGUGUUUGAGAAAAAAAAAUCUCAAAGAAGAUAUUAUUAUUUUCUUUUUUUAGUAUAUCACGUUUAUAGAUAUGAGUAAUGUGAUGUAAUAUUUCAUAGGUUCCAAGUGUGAAAUAUUUUAGAACCUAAAGCAUUGGUGAACCCAAGUAUUGCUUUUCAAAUUUUAGCUUUCUUCUUCUUUUGAUUUGUUAUACUAUGAAUUUAACGAACUUUGUGGAA